AUGGCGUUUUCAUGUAAUUUUGGAAUCGCUUCGAGUAUGCAGGCUAAGGCCCGCGCUUUACUUUUUGGGGUCAACUUAUGCCUUCAGAGGGGUUUUGAUGCCUUUGAUGUUGAACUGGAUUCCUUCGUGAUAGUGCAAAUUCUAAAUAUGACAUCGCAGUGCCCAUGGAGUAUCUAUAAGGAGGUGCAGCAGUUGGUCGGGUUGGUAUCCCACUUUCCACGCAUUCGUCACUGUUACCGUCAAGCUAACCAGGUUGCAGAUAUAUUGGCCAAUGAAGAUUGUCGACAGGGUCAUGUGGAGAUUUAUUUGGCCGCUUCAGCUUUACCCCAGUUAGCGAGAGGAGCAUAUCACCUUGAUAGGAUAGGAGUUGCGUCUAUUCGUGUGGAUAAGGCACUGAUUAUCCAUAGCAGUAAUAAUUCAGACCUCGGCUGGAGCAGGAAAGCUUCUGAGGAAGCUGAAGCAGUUGCUUCACUAUCGUGUUCAGGCCAUGGAAGAGCCUAUUUGGAUGGCUUUGUUCUCGAUGGUGGCAAACCAAUUUGCGAGUGCAAUUCUUGUUAUACUGGCCUUGAUUGUUCACAACUUGUUCCUGACUGUGUUGUAGAUGCUGACAGUGGAAAUCCAAUUUUCUUGGAGCCAUUUUGGAGGCAAAAUGCAGCAACUAGUGCAAUUAUGAUGGCUGGAUGGCAUCGAAUGGGAUAUGAAUUUGAAGAUGGUUCGCUGAUUUCUAAAGAACUUGAGAAGAAAAUUAGAAAGUUGCAUGCUACAGUUGGAAAUGCAGUGACAGAAGGAAGAUAUAUAGUUUUUGGUGCUGGCUCAACUCAACUUCUUAAUGCAGCAGUGCAUGCUCUUGCAGCUGAUGCUUCAUCUUCGCCUGCCAAGGUUGUUGCUUCCGCUCCAUAUUAUCCGGUUUAUAAAUCUCAAACCGAUCUUUUUGAAUCGGCAAAAUUCAAAUUCGAAGGACAUACAAGCUCUUGGAUGAACAGUUCAUCAAUGAAUUUCAUUGAGUUUGUCACUUCGCCUAAUAAUCCUGAUGGUCAGCUAAAGAAAGCGUUCCUUCAAGGCCUGAAUGCCAAGCAAAUCUACGAUCUGGCUUAUUACUGGCCACAUUAUACAGCAAUUCCAUCUCCAAUGGAUAAAGAUCUCAUGAUUUUCACACUUUCUAAACUUACUGGUCAUGCUGGGAGCCGAUUUGGGUGGGCGAUAAUCAAGAAUAAGGCCGUCUAUGAACGAAUGGUGAAUUACAUGGAUCUGAAUACCUAUGGAGUCUCAAGAGAAACUCAAUUGAGAACUUUGAAGCUUUUGAGUGUUGUUCUUGAAGGAAAUGGAAAACAGAUGUUCAGUUUUGGAUAUGAAGCUAUGAGGUUCCGAUGGGAAAAGUUAAGCAAGAUUUUGUCAGCAUCAAAACGAUUCUCCAUCCAGCAACUAACGCCCCAACAAUGUACAUUUUCAAAUGAAGUUCGGGCUCCUACUCCUGCUUUUGCAUGGAUCAAAUGCGAGAAGGAAGAAGAUAAGGACUGUCAUGCUACUUUAAGUGCAGCAAAGAUUAUAGGCCGUGCAGGACAUGUAUUUGGUGUUGACAGCACUUAUGUGCGUCUGAGCCUCGUCAAUGGCAAAGAUGAUUUUGAAUUAUUGCAGCAUAGACUUGAGAUGCUAGUUUUCCAGGAAAGACUAGUUAAUCUGAUGGCUGAAUUCACUCCUGGAGGACAUGUGACAAGGAAGAGCAACUUCACCGUGGCGUUGAAUGCUACAUAUGUCUCGGAUGAAAACUUUGGCUAUUACACCAAUCAAGAAAUGGCAUCAGAAGAUAGCAGAAAUUCACACGUUCAAGAGACUUUGCAGACACUGUAUUAG